AUGCGAGGUUACCGUACGGAAACCUUGUCCUCAGUCUACGAUCUGCCAGCCGGGGAAGCAAUGGAACCGUUACCUUCACCGCCAGUGUCAGGUGUCUAUCAUGCUGUCAACAGAAAAGCACGAAGCAACCGUCGAAAUGCCAACGAUAUUACCGUAGAUGUUGAAUCGAAACGGAUAUUUAUCUUAUCAUCGGAUGACUCGGAACGACUCGGUCCUAGCCCACUCCGACGGAGCGAUGUAGCCAAUAAGGACCGAUGCGACCAACUUUUCAUCGGUCAAACUGUAUUACUUUGUGUUGCCACCGUAUUACAGAUCUCAUCCAUCAUUGUUAUAUUCAUUCAGCGACGGAUAUAUAGCCGAAAUAUACGUGCUCUACGAUUGAAUAGUGGAACCAAUCGAUACUAG